CUUGGCUCAAAUUGAUGAGAGAAGAGGGAAGCGAUUAUCACUUGUUGUAAGUUUUCCGUUUCAUAUUAUAAGGCGCGUGGUUUAACCAAAAAAAUCACAAGGCGCGUGGUUUUCGUCUCUUCCAUCGGGAAAACAUGAGCAACGUUUCCGGCGAUCGCACUGCAGACCUCCCUUCCACCGCCGUCUCACUCCCCGUCUCCACAGAAAUCCAGAGUUCGCCUCCGACUGAUCGCCCCGUCCGUGUCUACGCCGAUGGGAUCUACGAUCUCUUCCACUUCGGUCACGCUCGAUCUCUCGAACAGGCCAAGAAAUCGUUUCCAAACACUUACCUUCUAGUUGGAUGUUGCAACGAUGAAACUACACAUAAGUACAAGGGAAGGACUGUGAUGACUGCCGAAGAGAGAUAUGAAUCACUUCGACAUUGCAAAUGGGUGGAUGAAGUCAUCCCGGAUGCACCAUGGGUGAUCAACCAAGAGUUUCUUGACAAUAACCGGAUUGAUUAUGUAGCCCAUGAUUCCCUUCCGUAUGCUGACACCAGUGGAGCUGGAAAAGAUGUCUAUGAAUUUGUUAAGAAAGUUGGAAGGUUUAAGGAGACUAUGCGAACUGAAGGAAUAUCGACCUCUGACAUAAUAAUGAGGAUAGUAAAAGAUUACAACCAGUAUGUCAUGCGUAAUCUGGAUAGAGGAUAUUCGAGGGAAGAUCUUGGAGUUAGCUUUGUCAAGGAAAAGAGACUUAGAGUUAAUAUGAGGCUAAAGAAACUCCAGGAGAGGGUCAAAGAACAACAAGAAAAAGUGGGAGAAAAGAUCCAAACUGUAAAAUUGCUCCGGAACGAGUGGGUGGAGAAUGCAGAUCGAUGGGUAGCUGGAUUUCUUGAAAUAUUUGAAGAAGGUUGCCAUAAGAUGGGAACUGCAAUCAGAGACAGUAUCCAGGAGAGGUUGAUUAAACAAAUUCCUAGAAACAAGCUGGAGAACGGUGAGGAUGAUGACACAGACGAUCAAUUCUAUGAAGAAUACUUUGACCAUGACAUGGGCAGCGACGAGGAUGAAGACGAAAAGUACUACGACGAGGAAGAAGUAGAAGAAGAUGAAGAGAAAGAGAAAACCGUUAAAACAGAUGCAGAUGACAACAAGUAAGAACAGGUUUGGCUCUCAGAAACCAAAGGUUAGUGGACUCAUGAGUUAUGACCACGUCUGCUAAACUCGCUUAGUCUCUAACUCUCUCUCUAUCAGUAAAAUUCAUCUACUUAACAGGUAGUAAUAUCAAUGUUUCGAAACUGAGAGUGUGUACUUGUCUUUGGUGAGUUGUCUCAUCGUUGUUGAUUUUUGUAUACGCAUGCUUUCCUUUUCGAUGCUCGGUAUCUUCUGUAUCUUGCUUCAUCGUUUUUUAUUUUGCAAGUGUUGCACUGGAUCUGAAACAUGCAAAGUCAAUGAUUCGUGUCUUAUCUAGUUUAAAAAUGGGCAA